AUGUGCUCUGGUUUAGGCCUAUGCUACCCUCAAAGCUUCAAUUGCAACCGGGAAGUCACCGUUGUGAGCGCCGCGUUGGCAGAAAUAUCGACACCAAUGCCGCGACCUACUCGACGUGCACUCGCCUGUGAUCGCUGCAGAUUGCGAAAAGUCCGCUGCAACGGCGGGUUUCCCUGUGCUAAUUGUAUUGAUCGAGCCGAGGCGUGUGUUGUCUCCCCUAGACGGGUAAAAAGGUCCUAUGAAACGCAGAGUUUAUCGUCAUACAUUCCCUUUCGCACCUAUCGUAUCAACCCAAGAGUCCAAACAACAGAGCGAGACGUCCCAAGCUCUAAUUCUGACCCGUCCAAUGACAUGGACAGCCUCCUUAGGUCUGUCGCAUUUUCGUCAGAAGAGGGUAGCCUAAUACGGCAAGCAUCGCCGGGCUGUGGGCUGCUCAAUGCCAACAUUACUCAUGAUUGCUCUUAUUCUCGCCAAUCCUUGGCCUAUACUAACCGCUCAACUCGUCGGGAGGAAUCACUCAGCUCCAAGGAACCCGCCAUCCAAGGUUUAAGCCCGCCUAACACAAGUCACGAAUCACAGAACAGCCCCGAAAACGGCAGCAUAUGUACCACGGACCUGCCAAACGUUGAAUAUUAUGGUCCACGAUCCUUCAUGUCAUUCUGCUCGCCCCCUGGCGUCAAGUGGAUCAAUUCAAGACUAAAAUGCCCUCAGUUUGGCGGCAUUUCUUCACAAUUAAUCGCCGGAGUAGCCGGCAAAUUAAAGCUAAACGGCAAAUUCUCUGCACCUAUGACUGGGGACCCUGCCCCUGAGCGCGCUUGGGAGUACGCCAAGACGUAUUUUGACGACGCAGCUGAGCAGUCGUUUGGAAUAGUAGAUUGGCUGUGGUUUGAAGCCCGACUGCAAAAACAUCUAGACGGAACGGCGUCUGACGACACAGGAUGGUUCGCGCUACGCAAUGCUGUCUGGGCUUUGGGCGCCCGCUUAAGCAUAUCCAAGACGUCUACUUAUGGCCAAGCGUUGUCUAAGUCGUGGCUGUUCUUUGAGAAAGCCUUGUCCGUCCACACAGAGAUCAUCCUUUUCUCCUCAUCCCUGCCAGCUGUCCAAGCUCUCGCAUUAAUGGCUUACUAUGCUGAGGGAGUGAGCAACGUGCCUACACCGAAAACCGGCCCCUUCUUGGAUGAUGUCUUCACGAGAGACUGCGCAUCGCAACUGGCUAUUCUGGUCCAUCUACUGUUUGGAAAGACAGAUAUGCUCACGUUCGGGCAGGCCAGCUGUAUGUACUUGUGCAGUGAAUAUCAGACUGUUGUGCUUGAGUUUUUGCUGAUGAGACAAAAGGCCGUCGACGACGCGGCUAUUGACUGCCAAAUCCCAGAGGAGGCACUGAGCGGGAAGACAAGUGAUGCUAUUUAUUGCCAUACGUUGAUCGAGUUAUCGCGGCUGUGCUCGGCCGCCACAAAACUUUUAUCUAACACUCCUGGCCGAGAGCAAGACAACACGCACACACCACUCAUCGACGCUGUCAAGUCUUUAAACUGUCAAGCCGCAACAAUUAAAAUGGCUGCAGAGCGGCGGGGUGUUUACCUCGACAGGUCUCUGAAUGACAGUCAGCCACCUGAAGACCUAACAACUCGUCAAAUGCAAAUACUACAGAGCCACUACCAUUGUCUCUUAUUAGACAUCAAUACGCCACUUUUCUAUCCUUGGUCAACCUCUCCGAGCCAACAAAGGUCCGACCCCCAGCUCGUCGCACAGAUUGAAGCUUCUUGUGGCGCGGUAGUGGGGUCCUCCCGGUUUAUUAUACUCGCAACCAGACAGAUUGAUGUCGACGCAUCUUGCUCUGCUCUAGUAUCGCUCUUCGUACCAGUGUACCGCUUCAUUGUCCAAUUCAUCCAUAUUCUGCAAUGUGAUGCGGCCCACGCCCAAUCAGAGCUUGACAUCCUAGAUCUGGCUCUUGGUUACUUUGCAAAUCUCAAAUUUGCCACUGAUGGUCUCGUGUUUUUACCAUUUGCCAAGGAGCUUGCCAGUAUUGCUUCAACAUAUGUAGAUCAACAACGAAAUAAGCCGCCCAAGCCCAGUAUAGACGACCCGAUACUGGAAGCCAGCCAAUGCGAUCUCGCCAUCGAAGAUGAAACAGUGAAUAUAUAUAACAACGCCGAUUCGUCGUUACUCUUGGAGGAAGCAAGCUUUGAGGGCUGGGACAGUCUACUUCCAUCGUUGACUACUUGGGAUGCCGUUUUUCAAAAGCAUAAGUUAGAGCCCGUACAUCUCGCGCCUGCGUCCGUGUACGGUAACUAG